AUGGAUGAGCUGUUGGUAAAAGAAAUUUGUGAAUGGUUAAUUCGUACUACGAAAAAUUUUUCAGACGAUGAAUUUGAAAAGUUUGGAAUCAACAUAAAAUUUGGUCAAAUCUUGAGUAAGACAAAUGGAUUUAGAAUCAAGAGUGAUAAAUCAGGUAUCAUUUCGAAUAAAAAACUGGUUAGAUUUGAAUUCAAAGUGUUUAAACCUAACUGGGAAAAAAUUAAGAAAUUUUUAACUGAACAAUGCGAUCAAGAAAACACUGCAAAUUGGCAAACACAUGAAGUGGGUGACUUUCUUAGAAUAGACUCUACGUAUCGUAUUGGGGGCAAAAAUAUAGUACUUUCAAAUGAAAAUAGAGUAUACAAAGCUUUAAAAACUAAAAAAAGAGAUCCAAUGACAUAUAUUCAUUUACCUCACUUGAAUUAUGAUCUCAAAGUAACAAUCACCAGGUCAAUUUCAGCUCCGAUUCCACUUGAAGAGUUUGACAAAAUAGCAAAGGACAAUCCUUUAGUUUUUCGAAGAAUUAGAAGUAAAUACAAAUGGACACAUAGUUCCAAUUCAACUGAUUAUAUAUUGAAUAAAGUUCAUCAAGGUAGAUCAGAAAAUGUUGAUAAGUAUGGUCAUUUUAAAAACAAAAGACAUGACAAUUUUGAAGUUAAAAUGAAGUGUCACGAUGAAAGAAUUCCAAAUUCAUUGAAACAACUUCAUCAAAAGCAUAUAAAUUCAAAUUUGGAAUUAUUUGAUGCAUUUAAUACAUUUCUUGAUCAAGCUUAUGUUCUCAAUGACAAUCAACACAACACAUCAUCAACCAAAUGUAUUAAUAAAACUACAAUGUAUUUGUAUAUAUCGGUAAUAGCGUUGGUGCUAUUGCUAGCAGUAUAUGCUGUUAUUAUCUUAUUUUCUCAUACACCAAGAUUACCAAUAGAAGGUGAAUCAACAUACAAGACAAACGAUAAUCUUAACAAAUCAUAUCCAUUACCACCAAGAUCAACGUCGAAAGACCCAAUUGUAAAUCCAAAAUAUGAAUUAUCAAUUAUUAUACCGUGUUAUAAUGAGACUAAAAGAUUAGGUAAAAUGUUGGACGAAUCAAUUGAAUAUCUUGAAAAACAUUAUAAUGGUAAAUAUGAAAUUAUAAUUGUUGAUGAUGGAUCAUCCGAUGGAACAAGUGAAUAUGCUAUUAAAUUAGCAAAUCAACAUAAACUUACUCCUCACAUUAUGAAAGUUAUACAAUUGGCCAAAAAUCGAGGCAAAGGUGGAGCUGUUACUCAUGGUCUUUUACAUUCUCAAGGUAAAUACUCAUUAUUUGCUGAUGCAGAUGGAGCAACUCAAUUUUCAGAUAUAUCAAAACUACUAGAAUUUUUAAAUUCCGUGGAUCUAAACCAACCUGCAGUUGCAAUUGGAUCAAGAGCUCAUAUGGUUAAUACAGAUGCAGUUGUUAAAAGAUCAUUAAUACGAAAUUUCCUUAUGUAUGGAUUACAUACAUUAGUUUAUAUAUUUGGUAUAAGAAAAAUUCAAGAUACUCAAUGUGGUUUUAAAAUGUUUAAUUCAAAAGCAAUUCAAGGUAUUUUUCCUCAUAUGCAUACAGAAAGAUGGAUAUUUGAUGUUGAAGUUUUAUUACUUGGUGAAUUACAAAAUAUGAAAAUGAAAGAAGUUGCAGUAAAUUGGCAAGAAAUUGAUGGUUCAAAAAUUGAUAUUGCAAGAGAUUCAAUUGAAAUGGCUAUUGAUUUAGUUGUUACUAGGUUAGCUUAUUUAUCUGGAAUUUAUAAAUUGGAUGAAUGUGGAAGAGCAAAUAAAAAAAAUGUAUGA